AUGUCCGGGUUGUUGGCGGCCUUGGCGGAGGGCAGGGUGGAGUCUGUCACCUCAGAGCUCAGGAGGCUCACAGACGCUGCUGGAGGUGUGCACAGCAGAGCCGUGGGUGUGCAGGGACCCAGGUUGGCGUCUGCCCCGAGUGAGCUGUGUGACAGUUGUGUUCCUCGCUACCCCGACCUCAGCUUCCUGUCUGUUCAAACGCUGUCCGGUGUGGCCAGGACUCAGGAGAACCUGCAGGCCAGGGACCUGCCCAUCCCCUGGGAGCACCUCGCUCAGCUGCUGCUCCGAAGGGGCUCUCACACGGCGCUGGCCCGUGCUGCUCCAGAAACAGGAAACACUGGUGUGGGGCUGGAGGUCCUCUCGUGGAGUUCUUUUCUCUUUAAAGCAGUUCUCGCUGCUCCUGGGGACAAUUCCUGGAGUUCAGGCCCCAUUAACCUGGGCCUCUCACAGGCUGGCUCUUAG